AUGGCGUCCUUCGAACUGCUCCAUCAAGCUCGCCGUCACUGCUCCUACAAAACCCAAUCUUACUUUUCUCCUCUUCUCCGCUCUCAUUUCCACCAAUUCCUCUCCUCUUCAUCAUCCCAAUCACAACCAGAAUCCCCUGAAAACCCGAUUCCAGUCCAACCCGUUUCACACAAACCCAAGGAUCCUCCGGAAACCCCAUCUACAGAAACCACAUUUCAAGCUUCUACCCGACCCGAGUCGAAUACCCAAGACCCGGGUAACACCGAUGGUAAGACGUGGACACGGGAAGAUCUCCGGUACUUGAAGGAUGUACCAAAAAUAACUCCGGUUUCUUACACGACCCGAGUCGCUCCGUUACCUGAGGAACGGGUUGAAGAGGAGGGGGGAAUGGAAGCUAAGGGUGAUGAGGAGCUCGAGAGAAAGAGGAGAAGAAUCGAGGCGCAAAAAAGGGCGGCAAUGAGGAGAGUUUUGAAUGUUUAA